CAUCCUUCCAGGUCCUCAUCCUUUCCAGCCCCAUCCCGAAGCGAAAACAAAAAAGUCCCUACUGUAUUCAGAAACGAUUAGCUUCAUCCACAACGCGAACAUGCAUUCCCAUACCCCUGACCACGAAGUCAACCAGCAGGAGACAGUCAAUGUUGCUCCAGGCUCCUUGACGUCCAGCAGCGAUGCCAACAACGGACAGCCCGUUGACACUAGCCUCUAUUCACUCAAAGAGGGGAUUGUACAUGUCGCUGACGGUGCACAAAUCCCCGUCCCGUAUCCUAUGGCGGCAAUCAAGACUGCUAACAGCUUCGAUAGCAUCUCGACUUUAGUCGCUGCUUCUAACGAAAUCGGUCAUGUUCAUGCCUCCCAGAUGGUGGCCAAGAAUUCUCUCAACGAAAGUAAUGCAAAUUUACUGAACACCAAGUGCGGCUGCGAGACCAAUGAAAGCUCCCUUCUCCCACAAUUUGCGUCGAAUCUUCUCGAGUCGAUCAAGAGAGACAUUAAGCCCCUGUUGUUCAAAGACGAUGCUUUCGAAGCCAGAGCCAGCAUGAAGACGACCGACCUGCCGGUCGGCACGGAAAGCGGAUUCGCUACCGCCAUGUCCCGAACGGCAUCAGAUAGUGGUUCUGUGACCACUCUUACUCCCGGGUCAAGUGUCCAAAGUAUGAGCUUCAAGAUUCAGGCGCAAUACUGGCGUCAGGCGCUUGCAGAUGCGCCGUCGUUGCUCGACCUCCCCACGGACCGUCCUCGUCCCGUCCAGCGAUCUUUUACCGCGGACCAAUUGGCC